UGCUGAGUUCCUCCAGCAUUUUGUGUGUGUUACUUCAAAAUGGGUCUGGUCUGCCUGCUGUGGUGGCCCAGGUGGAUAUUACAAAGCCCUAUGGCACGGCAGGGAGUUCUCCUGGUGUCCUGGCUAAUGUUUUGUUUUCCCUUAACACACGCCACUAAGGAUGAAUUAACUGGCCUUUGAUUCAAUUGCUGCUUCUGCAACCUUGCUGUAUGCAAAAUAAUUGCUGCAUUUGCCGAUAAAGCAACAGGCGCUGCACUCAAAAAUAACCCCAGGAACAUGAAGUGCUUUGGGACAUUUUCUGAGAGAUACAAUGAGGCGCAAUAUAAAAUGUAGGCCUUUUCAAAGCAAAUUUUGCGGCAUGCUUGGGGAUGGCGGAAGGAGUGGGCUAACAUUGAUAACUUAGUAUUAUUUUGGUAGUAAGCUUUUGCCCAGAAUAUCGAGCACUGAAAACUAAGCUGAAGUAGUUCUUAUAAUCAUUCUGUGGAGCGAUUUGCUCCAGGUGCUAUACCUAGCAAAAUCAUUAACAGAGCACAUGGACAAUGACUCACGCAGAUAUUUACUCCAUUCCUCCUCCCUCAUCCAGACCUCAACCCCUUUGUAGUCUGAUAGUACAUCUUGUAGUGUUCAUUAUAAAUAGACAAUCUGCCUGUCAAAGUACAAUGAGAAAGAAAUCCAAACAGAAAUUCUGCUUCCUCCUAGCUUGAUGGUGCGAGUUGUCUGUAUUUGUGAAAGUUGUUUAGAAGUCUAUGACCUUUUGAUGGAGACAGUUUUCCCAGUUUCAUUCAUUCCUUAUUUUACUGAUUUCAGAUUUUUAACCUUCUGUGCCAUCUAUAUCUGUGAAUGUUUACUGCCUAAUAAAACUCAUCGCAAUGUUAGCAAACAGAACUUAUUUAUUUUUAAUUUCCUUCCUUCUCUCCCAAGGCACUGCCCAGCCUUUGCCAAAUUAAACCCAUCCCUCCCCCAUGAAGGCAUCAGAGAUGGAGCCUGUUCCUGCCUUCACCCCAGUGCUCACACAUCUCCCACCAGAAGUCACUGCUAGUCUGCAGGAAAAGAUUCACUCAGUUUUCCUCUUCCCCUUUCCUUGUCCAAGAGCCCCAAUUUCACCAGUCAUAUUGCUGUUUAAAAUAAAAAUGUGUGGCCACAUAUGCUAAAUGCAUUUUGUACUCAAAAUGCUCGACAAUUAAUGCUAAUGGCCUCUACGCCCCACCUGACUGCCUUAACCAGCAUGUUCAUAGUUAGGGAGAAGAGGAUCACCGAGAUGUGCUCAUUCCUGAGGAGACUCUCAAUCUGAUGUUCCCGUGGUAGUCCAGGAUGAGGUCCCUUAUCUUCCUCGGAACAUGAUGUGGGUUCAGUACAAACUCCACAAGCUUAUGUGGUAAUGACCCAUAUGCAUUGGCAAGGUCCAGCCAUAGUACAACUAGGUCUCCCUUCCCUUCGUGCACUUCCCUGAUUAGCUGGGAAAAAAAACUCCCAUGUGUUCCAGACACCCUGGCACUCUGGGAAUCCCUCUUUUCUGUACAGAUGUAUCAAUGUAGGCAUUUUUGAGAAGAAACUCAAUCAGGUGACAGGAAACAAUACUGAAAAAUAUACUCCCUUCUACGCUGAGCAACGAGAUGGAGCUAAAGUGCUUAACGUCCUUGGAGUUCUCCUCUUUGGGGAUCUAGAUUCCCUCUGCACACCUCCACUAGUCCGCGACCUUUCCCCUACACUAGAUAACCUUAAGGAAUUUCCAAAGUAGCUGGAGGAGCUUGGAACAGUGUUUAUACCUUGUGGGGUACUCCACUGGGACCAGAGGCAGAACUACCUCUGACAACUUCCUAGACCCCCUUCCAACUGGGCUCCUUGCCAUUGAACUCAACUGCAGGAUGAGGAGGAUUUACUAGGGCGCCAUGGCCUUCUAGCUCCUACUCCCUCUCUGAGUCAUUGAGGGAAUUCUGAAGGUGUAGAUCCAUCUCUUGUUUGGAGCAUGCAAGGUGCCUGCUAUGCUUCUGUUCUAGCAUUUGUUUGGUGAAUCCACAGCAUUCGCAAUAAAGGCAGCUCAUUUCCUGGCUCUCUCUCUUUCCCAUCCUCUAUGCCAUUCUGCCCAAUGCAGUGUCAUAAACUUGCUUCUGAGAAUGUUACGGAGCUCGGCAAGUGGUGGUUUCUCUUCUUCACUUGUCGCCCUGUACUGUUCAACCUGGGAUCAGAGCUCUUGACUCAGCUGGUAUAUUUUGCGCCCCCCCCCCCCAUGUUUCACAAUGUAGGGACCUUCGCUGGCUUUCUUCUGCAUUAGGCUGAAUCAGUAGUGUAGCUGACAAUGAUAGUUGACAUGGAGUCAUUUAUUGACUUCUCCCUUGGCUAUUCCCUCAAUUAUAUGGACUAUGUCCUCCUCAAAUUGCAGCCACUCCCUCCAAUGACUUGCUGGAGGUCAUUAAACCCACCGGCGUUCUGCUAUUCUGCCUGGAGUGGAAGUUUCUGACACUUGGAGGUUCUGGGCGCUGUGGGGUGACUUCGGGCUGGGCUCUUCCUACGUCUCACCAGGAGUAAGUCCUGAGUGCUGCGUUGCUCUCUCUUACUCCAGGCAUUUCAUCUUGGCCUGAUAUAUUUUUAGGCCACACAUUCUUGCACACCUUUCCGCAAAUGCAUCUCUCGCUCGUAAUCGAUGGUCGUCCUAGUGGAGUGCUCAUCCUUUUGUCCUUCCGGGCUCCCGUGGAGGUAUGUCUCUAUAAGUCUGUCCAUAGCUUAUAGGGUGUCUUCCUCUUGGAAGAUGCAGGUUGGGUUGCUAGCCCUUCCUGCCCCGGUUGACGUCUUUCUGAGCUGUCAACUGUCCCUCAGUAGUCACCAACCUGUUCUUGGUUGUUACCCAGUCUAUUACUGGGUGUCACUAGCUGAGCCAGUGCUUAUGAUGCCGAGGUAGAUCCUAGGAUGCGCUGGGACACAUCAUCAGUGAUGUAACCUGGGGUCAUCGGGUGUUUCAGGUCUUUCAACAUCAGACGCUCUCACCCAGGUGACCCAGCCAGGGUUGAUCAGGCCCCGGCUUGUGUCCCAGCAGCUUUGGUCCACGGGUCACACCUCUUCAUCCAUAGCAAUCUGAAGGCUCACUCAGCAGCCUCUGUGAUAGUCCUGAUGGCUGUUUUCUUUGCAGCCCUUGUAAUGCCAAGGAGAGAGUAGGUUCUGCACAGCAAGCAACCAGCAAAACUUCUACAACCCACCUCUAGAGUCUCGCAUCAUGCCCUCCACCCCUGUCUCUGUCACUGCUCUACCAGCUCCUGGUAUCUGGCAUUCAGAUGCCUCCUCAAUCUCCCUUAGGAACUAUCAGUUCUACCAUGACCACCUACUGCGAGGGUUUCUGACAGAGCGGCCAUGUCAGGCUUUAGUGAUGAUGAUGUGAUAAAGUCAAGGAAUUUUAAUUGCUUGCUCACAUCAACUUUCAGUUGCCAGUCAGAUCCCGUGGCGAGCAAGCCUGCUGGUGAUCUGGGCUGAGGCUAUGGUAGAUCUCCAGUUUUGACAAAAGCUAUGGGCUUUCUGGGUUGGCAGAGGUGCCUAGUAUUGUUAAUGGCCGAGGAGAUACUUUCUGCCACUGCCUUGAACACCUGGUCAUGGUGCCAGCAGUAGCAUCCUUCUCCCAAGACUUUUGGGCAGCUGCUGAGAAAGUAUUCCAGGGUCCCUCUGCCAGGGCAGAGAGGACAUGAUUGUACCUUGCUCUUGCUCCAGGCAAAAAGAUUUGCUGAACUAGGCAGGAUGUCGUACACAGCCUGGAUCAUGAACUUGAUGCACUGGGGUUCUGCCUGACAGAUGUUGGACCAGGAGAUCUUCCACUUCAGCGCACCCUCAGACAUUGUCCAAGCUCCCUGCUGCUCCAUUCCUACCAUCCUGGUGGUCCGCACUUCCUCGACAGCUGCUCAGACUUCUUCCUGGACAAGUUUGCAUCUGUUCCUGCCCUGGGCCCUGUCGAAGCAGGUAGAUGGGAAGUUGCCCAGCUUUGCCUUGCCAGCCACCACUGUCCCUACCAGAUCUCUGUGCCUCAGACGUGACUCAGCCAUCUCCAUGGCUCCUUGGCCUUCCAUUUCCUGCCUGUACAAACUUCAAUGCCUGCUGACGAGACUUUGGAGUUACUAGGAUCUAUACAUGUACCCAAGAACAUUUAAUUGGAAACCAGUGACACUUAGUACAAAGUAAAUUGGUUUUUCAAAUUGAAAUUUCAAUACGAGGGGGUGAUUGAUAAGUUUGUGGCCUAAGGUAGAAGGAGUCAAUUUUAGAAAACCUAGCACAUUUAUUUUUCAACAUAGUCCCCUCCUACAUUUACACACUUAGUCCAGUGGUCAUGCAGCAUACAGAUCUUGGACCUCCAGAAAGUGUCCACAUCAGGGGUGAUUGAUAAGUUCGUGGCCUAAGGUAGGAGAUGAGUUAUUAACUUCAAACUUUCUGCAUUAUCACUCAAAGAGUUGAACUGCACGUGCAUGUAAUGAGAGCUGUAUAACUCAUCUCCUUCUACCUUAGGCCACGAACUUAUCAAUCACCCCUGCUGUGGACCACUUCUACAAAGAAGGGAUCCGUAUGCUCCACGACUGCUGGACGAAGUGUGUACAUGUAGGAAAAAUAAAUGUGCUAGGUUUUCUAAAAUUGACUCCUACCUUAGGCCACAAACUUAUAAAUCACCCCUUGUAAGUGGCAAAAUAAUGUUGUGUAUUUGAUCUGCCAGGUUAUGUUGAUGAAUGCUCCCUGUAUGUCCCCAUAAUACAAGAUUUGCCUCAGUUAACACAGUCUAAGAAUGUAAUUCUAAUAUAAAGUCUGUUUGAGACACUGAACUAUUAAAGCCCAUCAUAAACUGCUAGCUCUACAGCAAUGUUUGAUCAUCAAAAACUGUGGUCAUCUUCUACUCCAGUAACAAAGAAUUGACAGGUUCUCCACUGUCCUCAAAUAUUUAAAAAUGUUUAUGGCAUACUCAUCCACAGGAACAGGGAAUGCUAAGUACGGAAGGCCAUCCAACCUUUCAAGCCUGUCCCACGAUUCAGUCAGAACACAGACAAUUUGUACUUUCAUUCCAUUGACUUGACUAUGUGGCCACACAGUUUUAUUUCAAACAUCUAUCAAAAUCUCAGAUUUGAAAAGUUCAGUUAACCCUAGCAAUUAAAACAUUUUGCAGGAGAGAGGUCCAGAUUUUCGCCACCUUUGUGUGGGAAAAAAAAUCCCCAAUUUCACUCCUGGUUGGAUAAUAUCCAACUGUAAGAUUAUGCUCCUUGUUCUGGAUUUCACAGAAGAAAGCUUCCUUUUGAAUUACCCUUUCAUCAGUUAAACACCCUGGAUCAGAUUGUUCCUCAGUCAAGGCAGUUCACCACGUGUUUUGUUAGAAAGUAAAAUUGUCAUCUUUUUCAGCAAUUACCAAGUUUGCAUCUUUGAAUAUUUCUGUCUCCAGUUGUAGGCACAAACAGACUUUGCAACAUUGAAGUGAACAAUUCAUUAAGAGCUUCUAUUUCUGGAACUUUUACAAAAAAAACUUUGCAAGGUGUUUCAAUAAUUUCAACGCUUAGAAUGUAAAUGCUUCUUGUGAACAUUUUUUCUGUGUAUUGGCCACUUUUAUAUCCAUUUGACUUUGUUACUGGAUAUGUAAUGCUUAUAGCUAGUUUCCAUUUUACUUGUUUUUACUUAAAAUAAUUGUAUACAGAGUCUGUAAACUGUUUCUUAAAUUGUGAUUUCCCUUGUGAAUUGUGAUACAAUUCCAUUGAAGUGAAUUUAAUUUCAAAAGUUUAAGUUGUAUUUCUGUAUUUGUAUAAAAUUAUUCAAUGGGGGAGGGGAGUGUCUCUCAUUCUUCUUUUUUGCUCUGGGCUGGUUGGUUACAGAAUUGCAUCAAAAUCUGUUGAACUGCAGUCUGACCUGGUUCAGUGCUUAACUGGAAACCCAAACCUUUCAUUUCCUCAGCUGAGCCUUUUCCAGAUCACUUGCAAACAAGGCCGCUUUAAAUUUCUGCCUGCGCUAUUGUGUUACUAUCAUUAUCAAACCAUUUGGUUUACAACUUUAUUCUGGCAGAGAAGAUUCAAGUGCAGUCGCCUGCUCAUUAAUUUUGCACACACUCCCAGCACAUCUCUCUUGCUGACAUCCACUGAACUGUGACCUAGGUCUGCAAAGCUGUACGAGACCCUUGAAGAGAGUCACUGGCUUUAUAUUUAUGGUAUUUAUUCUGCCCGGUAUUUGGAUACUUUUCAAUGGGAAAUGACCCCCAUCUGAUGAUCAGUGUUGAGGGGUGAGCGCUAAAAGCAUAGAAUGUGUAUAGUUCAUGGAAUGUUUUUAUCCUUGAGAUCUCAGAUUUGCUUUAAAACCAACUAGCAUUGACUUGAAUAAUUGUUUUACUGGCUUUCUCCAUGAGAAUAUAUUGUGGACAUGAACUCCCAACAGUGUUGUCACCCCUUUCAUUAGGUGCAGUUCACUGCCAAGGUUCAACCAUUAUGCACUUCUGUAUUCAAUCUAAUGAGCUAGGCAGAACAUUAUCAGUGAAAUGAGGUGACGACCUCCAUUACCAUGAAAUAUGUAUCAUCAAACUUGUACACUGUGCUAAUUGAAUUCUUAAGCCCAAGUUGUGUCUUUGGUUUAAGAAUUCAAUUGCAUGUACAAACUAAAACUUUACUUGAUCCCUGGUUUAUCCCAGUGUAGUGGAUGGUAGUUGGGUAGUGUGAGGAUUUGAUUUGAUUCCACUGUUACACAAUAAGGUUGGUCAAACGCUAAACAAAAAGAUUAAAAGAAAAACUACAAAUGCUGGGAAGUUGAACUCUUGCUCUUUAACUACUUUUAUUUCAUAACUUUUUAUCAUAGAAAAUAAAACAUAGGAGCAGAAUUAGGCCAUUCAGCUCAUUGAGCUUUUUCCGCCAUUCAAUUAUGACUGGUUUAUUAUCCCUCUCAACACAUUCUCCUGCCUUAUCCCCAUAACCUUUGAUGCCUUUACUAAUCAAGAAUCUAUCAACCUGUGCUUUAAAUAUACACAAUGACUUAGCCUCUACAUACAGAUUCACCACAUUCAAUCUAAAGACAUUCUUCCUCAUCUCUGUCCUAAAGGGAUAUCCUAUUCUGAGGCUGUGCUCUUUUGCCCUUGACUCUCCUACGAGAGGAAACAUCCUCUCUCCCACAUUCAUUCUAUCUGGGCCUUUUAAUAUUCAAUAGGUUUCAAUGAGAUUCCCCUUCAUUCUUAUAAAGUCCAGGGAGUACAGGCCCAGUGCCAUCACUGUUCAUUUGUUAAACCUUUCAUUUCUGGGAUCAUUCUCGUAAACUACCUAUGUGCCCUCUCCAAUGCCAUCUUCCUUUGUUCUCCAUCUCUCCUCUCUUUCUAUUGCCACCACCAGUCCAUCAAUAGGAGUUUUAGCUAUCCCCCCUCCACUCUCUCUGCAACUAAAGCUAACUUGUUUUCUGUCUUUCCCUGUUCUGACAAUUGGUCUCUCACCUGAAACAUUAACUUCGUUGCUCUCUACAGGCACCCAAUCUGAUCUGCUGAGUGUUCCCAGCAUUUUCUGCUUUUAUUUCAGCUCAAAACUAUUAUGUUCUGAAAGACAUUAACUCACUGUCCCCUUCAAGGUUAUUCACUUGGCUUUCUCUCUGAGCAUUCCCCCAGUUGUUCACUUUUCAGUGUCCUUCAGUCAGUUGGUUCAGACAUUUGUGUCCGUGCUUUGCAUCACAGUUGUUCAUUUUUAAAAUGAAGUAUUAACAUGGAGUCUUGUGUAUCUUAGGUGAACCUUAAAUACCCUGUGGCAUCUUCUGAAGGUGUCCUUGCUAACAAGUGAUCGUUGUUUAUGAGAUGGCGGAGAAUUACAGUUGUUUUUUGCCUUUGUUGGAAUCACUGCUCUGCAGAAAUGCUAUAGACAGCUGUAAUGAACUGCUGUUCAACUGCCGUGCCUCAAUUAGAAUGGAACUGUUUCUUUCCCCAGUUUCCCAGGUGGACUUUGAUGAGAAGACAUGUUGCAUUUUUCAUUAUAUGGAGUUAGUGACAUAACAUUUUCCUGCCUUUAAUCAUUCUUAGAGUCAUACAUCACUUCAACAGACUCCUUGGCUCCCAAAGUCAGUGCUGACCAUUAAGCCCCGGUUACAUUAACCCAACCCAAAAGUAUUUUAUUCUCAACUCCCGUAAGAUUCUACCACUCGUUUGCAUAUUAAGGACAAUAUGCAGUGGCCAAUUAACCCACCAACCCUGGACACCUUUUUCAGAAUUACGUUUAUUAUCACUGAGAUAGGCCGUGAAAUUUGUUGUUUUGUGACAGCGGUACAAGACAAAAUAUUACUGUAAGUUACAAUAAAUAAAUAGUACAAAAGAGGAGUAGUGAGGGAGUGUUCAUGGACCAUUCUGAAAUCUGAUUGUGGAGGAGGAGAAGUGGAUUCUGAAUCGUUCAGUGUGGGGCAUCAGUUUCCUGUACCUCCUCCCCAUUGGUAGUAACAAGAAAAAGGCACAUCCAGGAUGGUGAGGAUGUUUGAGAUGGGUGCCAACAUUGACGCAGCACCUUUAGAAGAUGUCCUUGAUGAUGGAGAGGCUUGUGUCUGUGAUGGAGCUGGCUGAGCCUUUGGGAUAUGGGAGGAAAUGGGAGCAGCUGGUCCAAACCCACACAGUCACAAAAAGAACAUGCAUACUCUGCACAGAUGGCUAUGCUUUCCUUAUUCUUGAAUUGGCAUCAGUCUACAGAACUAUUCUCUGCUUUCACAGACUGGGCUCCCCGUGUCCUGUGCUUGGUGUAAGUUUGACAGAGACCGUCACACAUACAAUUCCCCUCUGCCCUCUUGCAAUGACUGAUUCAUUCCGCUCCCACUGUUUUGUUCCAUUCAGUCACUAACCUCUACAGAUAAUUAAAUUGCAGCUGUCUUUUCCACACAAUGCUACAGUGUAGAACCAGACUGUUUAGAAGAGCUCACCACUGACCUCUGUAGCCUGGCAAUAUUUUUCUCAUCCAACAUUUAUCCAAUCACUUAUUAAAGUAAUGAUUGAAUUUACCUCCAUCAUCCUUCUGAAUCGCUAUAGCUCACUGCAUAACCGCUUUUACUCUCAUUGGUUCUUCCCACCCUCCCUCAUGAUGAAUGUGUGCCCUUGUACACUGAGUGAUAGUUUAGAAUUCUUUUCAACAGGGAACAAUGAUUGUUUCCCUUUCCUCUCCCCCAAUGCACAAAAAAUUAAUUGAAAAUGUGAAAUAUUUUUGUAGACAGAUAUGUGCAAAAGGAGCAUCAGUUCUACCUUAUAUCCAUAUGCAGUCUGAGUUCCAUUAAAAUAAUUCCUAACCAUGCUUGCGAGUGACUUUCAGAAAGCUGGGACUUGUAUUUGGGCACAAACAACCAAUAUACAAGAAGGCACUGAAAUGGCCACUCAAUUUGUGCUAAUACAUAUAGUAUACGCCAGUUGUAAAUGAGAUGAAGUGUCAUUAUAUGAUGCUAGGCACACGCACAGUCCAACAAUAUUUGUUUCUAGAUGUAGAGAUGUUUAAGGAGAAAGCCUUGAUUUUCCACUACAGGAAUAAUAAGAUUGAGCUUGGCCAAUUGCAAAAGCCCUUGAAGUGCAUGAGAAAAGGUCCAGUGAAAUAUUAUAGAUAAAUUUCAACAAAUUAUCUCAGGCAGUGGUAAAACUUGGACUGUAGUGCAAUCAAAUUGAGUUAGCGGAUUCAGCGAAAAUGCAACUCUGAAAGGGCUACAGCCUUUCCAUUGGAGAGAACCUUGUGAUAGGGUCAGAAGGGUGACUCAGUUUCCACACUGAGACAGAAGACACUCUUCCCUCCAUUGGGCAGUUGGAGCCUCUGCUGCAGAGGAUGUUGAGACUGAAGGUACCAGUGCUGGCUGCAUGGAUCAGAGUCACUAGCACCUGCAAUGCUUUUGGGGAAAGAAUAGCCAGUACUAGGAGGGAGGCGCAUAUGUGAAAAUCAAAAAAAGUACAGCUACUGGAAAUCAGAAAAAACCUGGAAAAUAUCAGCAGGUCAGGCGGCAUCUCCAGAGAGAAAUAGUUAAUGUCAAUUGCUUACACUGAUGCUGUCUGACUUCCAAGUAUUUAUAGCAUUUUUGUUUCAAAGACAAAUGUAAGUGUUCUCUCUUACAGUCACAGAGCACUACAUCACAAAAAUAGGCCAAGAUCUUCCCAGUCUCUUUCCAUGCAUUGAUGACCACACUGAUCUACAAGAGGACCAAUUUUGCCCCUUCUUGUCCUUUUGCUCUUAAUAUAUCUGUAGAAACCCUUGGGAUUCUCCUUAACCUUGUUUACCAGAGCAACCUCAUAACUUCUUUUAGCCUUCCUGAUUUCCCUCUUGAGUAUUUUCUUGCAUUUCUUACACUGCUCAAGUACCCCAUUUGUUCCUUGCUGCCUAUACCUGCUAUACACUUUCACUUGCAUUGUCCUGGGACCCUUAAAGCAUGUCACCUGCUGGGAGCUCUUGGGGUGGGGAGUGCAGGGAAUUGUUUUGAGCCAAGCAUAGGAUAAAACUCCAAUGAUCUGGUUUCUUGAUUGCUCGGGACAACUGACGGUCUAGUGUUUCGCUGACCUCGGUCAUCCAGAAUGUGAACUGGGGGUUCACAGUGCAAGUGGGGUAUGCACCCAGAGCAAGGAUUAGGGUCCAGCACACCAGCAAUGGGAGUGGGUUUCUGGCCAGAGCUAGAGUCCAACACGCUUUUGUGUUUCCUGCUCCCUUUAAACACACUAGGUUUACCAGAAACAUUUUUAUACUACUGCGUAACAUGUGGAAAAUAAGAUAAGUGAAAAUGUAAUAGAAGUAAUAUCCAAUAGUGUGGAGACAAUUUGAUUGUGUCAAUGCUGGACAUACAUAAUAUUAGAUUAUAUUAGCUUUAUUUUUCACAUGUAAAUCUAAAAAUCGAAACCUACAGUGAAAUAUGUCAUUUGCAUCAACUACCAACACAGUCCAAGGAUGUGGUCAAGACAGCCUGCAAGACUUAUUAUGCUUUGGCACUAACAUAGCAUACCCACAACUUACUAACCUGUACGUCUUUGAAAUGUGGGAGAAAACCAAAGCUCCCAGAGGAAACCCAUGCAGUAAAGGGCGUUUCCUUGCUUGCAAGUGCUGAACAGCAAGUGGAGCCUCAGAUCUCUGGGGACAACAGGAACGCAACGGCCCCAAGACUCUUCGCAGUUGUUCCGUCAAUCAACUAAUGUUUCAUCCUUCUAAACCUGACACCUGUGAGAACUGUCACUUACUCGUGGCAUUGGGUUCACUUCCAGAACAAACUACUUCAUAAUCCUGUGACUAUUAAGAAUGUACAAAUCCUUUCCAGGAAGCGGUACCCUGUUGUUAAUGUGAGGAAUGCUGCACCCAAAUGGAUGCUGCAACUGGCAGUAAAAUAAAGGAAGCCGCGAAGCUUGGUAUCCUGUCCCCAGAGACCUUCUUUCAACCAUGAAAAUAUUACCUAUUUGAAGUAUAAUAGCAAUACAGGCACAUUCUUCAGGCUGCCUGAAGCAGUACAUAGCCCUGAAUUGGACGUGGAAGGACUGGAUAGUACAACACCUGCAUAAAGAGAGCUGUGCCUGCGUGGUGGUCAGCCCAGCAGCAGAUGGUGGAACAGUGACACAGCCAACCUUGCUAAGAUAAGUGGGUCUCACAACAUCUACAGUUGGCUUUGUGCCUUCAACCUCUUUUGCCUCUGAAGAGCCGCUUUGGCAGAUAAUUGGAAUUCGAGUUUAACUCAAGGAGGAGCAAGUUUGGAAGCUUAAAGUGCCCGGCUUUCAGAGAGAUAGGUGGCUUCAUGAAACAUGGCAUAAAGAGACCCCUUAAGCUGAAUAUCCUUGUGACUACAAGCAAGUUCAAAUUCGAAGUGUUGCUGCAAUCCUGAUGGUUUCAUGGCUUCAUUAGACAGGACAGUAUUACAAAUAAGGCACAUGGGGUGUCGCUGAUCAGAUGGAAGUGGAAUAAAACCAUACUCCAGGACUAAAUUAAAAUAAAAUAUUAACACUAACUGGGAAUGUUGAUGCCGGCAGCGAGUUGACAUGGAUGGAACGAUGGUAGCGGCACGCAAAGGAAUAGUGAGGCAAAGAUGAAGACGAUCACAACAGUGAAAAGCUUUUCUUUCUGCAAGUCAUCUUUGAUGAAAGGUGUACAACAAAGCCGCUGGAAUUGAGCUUGGAAGUUUUCAGAAACACCUGAAAGAAUGGGUAUGCGAAUUAAACUACACAGCGCUGACCAUCCAAAUAAUCUUCUGAAGGAACUCAAUAAGUUUAGGCUCUCUGAAAUCAUGUGUGAUGUAAUCAUUGUGGUCGGCAACAGAACAUUUUCAGCACAUAAGUCAGUGUUGGCAUGUGCUGCUGGUUAUUUCCAGGACCUCUUUUUGAAUUCGGAAGUUAACUCUGUAAGAACAUAUGUGGUAGACUUUAUUACACCAGCAAAUUUUGAAAAGAUCUUGAAUUUUAUCUACACAGCAGAGCUUUUCACAGAUCUCAUCAAUGUCGGUGUAAUCUAUGAGAUGGCAGAGAAGCUGGGAAUGCAUGAUCUCCUGAAGGCCUGUUACUGUACAUUCCCUGACCUGGAGAAAACUGAUACCAGCAAAGCGACAGAACAGUCAACUGAAGAGUAUGCACAUCUCACUGGGACCUCAAAUGAACAAAAUCCCCCUGUGGGAAACUCAAGGACCACAGGGUCUCAGUUUUGUCAAAAUAGAGGUUAUAUCAUGCAGGUUGAAGUGGGAGAGGAUUUUAAAAAUGAAGAAAGAAAUCUUGCCAAUGAAAAUGGUCCAGAUGUUCCAGUGAUGUACCAGCAGUCAACAAAAACUGAAGAUAACCUGACAAUGGAGUACAACCAGUCCACAUCUACCGAAAAUGUUUCACUGGCCUCAAGUAAAGGGCCUUGUGAGCUGUAUGAGAUACAAAGUAAUGGAUAUUAUCAAACAAAUUUAUUGAGGGGAGGAGAAUCUAUCAAAGAGAGUGGUAGUUCCUCUGCUGAAAACAAUGUCGACCUCCAAGAUCAUCCAAUGAAGGAAAUGGAGUGUAUGCAGUUUGAGGGUAUUGAACCUGAUGAUCUUAAUUUUGAUGUGCACCAGGAGAAUAGAGGUCCUUCUGAAGAAAUAAUAGAGCUCACAGAUGACAGUGAAGAUGACAGUCUUGUCUGUAUUAAGGACAGCAACAGUGAAGGAAAGAGCAUGCCAUGCCAGGUGUGUGGAAAGGAGUUACCCGCUAACAUAGGAUUGAUUCGACAACAUGGCAAACUGCACAUUGAUGCAAAGGAGGGGUUGUGCAAAGUGUGUGGGGCAAAAUUCACCGACAGAAGUUCUCGAAUCACCCACGUUUUGUCUCAUGUUGGAAUCUUCCUCUUCUCGUGUGAUAUGUGUGAAAUGAAAUUUGUAACGCAGUGGCAAGUGGCCGGACACAGGAAAGCAAAACCAUAUGAUAGUAAUAUUAUUGUCCAGCCGAAUACCAUGCUGCCACCUGAACCCAACUUCGGGAGCUCUCCAACAGAGCUUUUCUGUGCAGUCUGUGGAAAGGCCAUGGCUAAAAACUACCUUGCUGUGAAAGAGCACAUCCUUUCUCACCUUGACAUGAAAAGUCUUUCUUGUUGUGUCUGUGAGCAACCAUCGAGAUCUGUUUGUAGCCUAAUGUGGCAUGUGUUGUCCCAUAUGAGCAUAUGUAUUUUUUCCUGUUCUGUGUGUGGUAGUAGCUUUGUAGAUCGAACUGCUCUAGAGCAUCACAUGAGCUCGCACCAGGGUAUGGAGUAUUUAUUUGAAUGUAAUUUUUGCAGCAGAAAGUUCCGAUUAGAAGCCUCUUAUCAAAACCAUGUGAAGAUACACAAGAGGUACAGCUCAGACAGCACAAAGGGUCAUCAUGCUCAACACCAGUGGCUCAAAAAAACCUUAACAACAUCCCCCUCAGAUGAGUCUACCAGUAAUGCACAUGGACCUGCUCCAAAGCAAGAGACUCCCGUCACCCUUCCCUUAAACCAGGGCAAGGUCAUUUCCAAAGGGAACUGGUAUGAAUGUGAGUUUUGUAGGAAGAGGUUUUCCCAUUCUAGUGAGUUUCAGUAUCACCUACGAAUUCACUCGGGAGAGAAGCCCUAUGAAUGCAAGCUGUGCCACAAGUUCUUCAGAGGGCGAUCAACUGUAAAAAACCAUCUAAAGACGCAUUCUGGUGCCCUCAUGUAUUGCUGCACUGUUUGCCAGAGAUACUGUCCCACUUUGAACCUCAUGAUUAAACAUGUGGAGAUGCACAAAGAUGGAGGACUACCUCCUGACUUCAAUAUUGCUCAGACUUUUAUGUACAUUGUGCAUUCCAAACAGUCAGUAAAAAUGAUGGACUAAUAUUUUAUUUGAAAAAGAACUAGGCUUAAUGAAAAACUGUAUUCAGGAUUAGUAUCAAAGCAAAUCUCAUUUUAAUAAACACUAGAAUCUUCAAAACUUAAAGAUUUUUCUUGAGAGGUGUUCACUGCUAGAACUUUUAUAAAAUUGUUUCAGUUGUCACUAACUUGCUGUGCUAAUGCAAGCGUGGAAUAAUUAGGUUACUACUUUUCAGUGUGUGAGGAGAGUGGGGUUGUAAAAUGAUAGUAGAAUUAUUGUGUCUGGGCAAAAUAAAAUGUCCAAACUGUGCUGUAAUUUGAGCAUCAAAAUCUACCCUAACACAGGACACUAGUUUCAAGUUCUCAGUGUCUAAACAUGAGUUUGCAUUGUACAGUUGAAUGUUUCUGUUACAGUCUCCUGAGAAUUGUCGGAGCAGUGAGGGAAGGCCUUAAAUUUUACUGAGUUUUUUACUGUGUUUGCUAGCCAUUUAACUAGAUCCAAGGGAAAUUUUAUUUUAAUGCGACUCUGGAUCCUGUCAUUACAUUCUGCUCAAAUGUUGUUACAAUUGAUUUUCUGCUACUGCUGGUAAAUGUGUUACUAUCAGAAAUUGCAUGCAGAAUUUCAAAACUUCAAUGAUUUCUAAUUUGAUUAAGCUCUCACCAUGGCAGAGGGUUUAAGUAAUGCAGACUCAUUACAAAGCUUACUAGCUGUGAUAGAAAUUCCAAUUAGCAGUAAAGCAUGAGCCACGGACUUCAGACUAAUCUUUCUGUAGUUUAUAGAAUCAUACAGCAAAUGGCCUAUUCAGCCCAACACAUCUGCACUGACCAGUGGGCAUCCUUUUGCAUUAAUCCCAUCACUCAGAGUAAAGGAACAAAUGUUGUGCCUAAGAGGUUCAGCAAUUCGACGCUUAUCUAAAAGCUUAUUAAUUGCUGUCAGUGACCCAGCUUCAGUCUCUCUGCCUUGACAUCUCCCCCCCCGUA